UCAGUGCGCAUGCGCGGUGUCAUAGCGGAAGUAAAAUAACUGGUUAUCAACACAAAACUGGUGACUUGUUUUGUCGGGUUGAAAGUUGAAAUAAAUUUAUUCUCUGUUUAUUAAAACAUGGCUGUAAACGAAAAUGCUCUGCGGAAAAUGAUAUUUAAGAGUUAUAAAUACAGAGACCUGACCACCAGGGAAGUCACUAAUGUCAUAAAUCAGUACAAGGACCUGAAGCCUGUGAUGGACACGUAUGUGUUCAACGAUGGCAGCAACCGAGAGUUACUGAGUCUUACAGGAACUGUACCAGUGAGCUUUAAAGGAAAUGUCUACAACAUUCCUAUUUGCCUGUGGCUGCUAGACACCUAUCCAUACAAUCCUCCCAUCUGCUUUGUCAAGCCCACUAGUUCCAUGAUGAUCAAAACAGGGAAGCACGUUGAUGCCAAUGGAAAAAUCUACCUCCCAUAUUUGCAUGAAUGGAAGCAUCCUGAGUCAGAUUUGUUUGGGCUGAUCCAGGUGAUGAUUGUGGUUUUUGGAGAAGAGCCACCAGUUUUUGCCCGGCCCACCACACAGACAGCUUAUGCAGGAUUUCAACCUGCUGGUCCACCUAAUGCUUCCUACUUGCCAAACACACCGAGCACUCCAUUUGGCCAGAGUUACUCUCCUAACCCAGGAGGUUUUCAGGGUUAUCCGUACCCUGCUGCUACUUCUGGAUACCCAGCCACAUCUGGAACACCACACUAUACUCCCACCACUGCUGGAGGCCCCAGCCGUGAUGCCACCAUUGGCGAGGACACGAUCCGUGCAUCUCUGGUGUCUGCAGUGAGUGAUAAGCUGCGCUGGCGGAUGAAGGAGGAGAUGGACCGUUCUCAGGCUGAACUGGAUGCUCUCAAGAGGACUGAGGAGGACCUGAAAAAGGGACACCAGAAGCUGGAGGAGAUGGUGUCCAAACUGGACCAAGAGAUAGCUGAUGUGGACAGAAACGUAGAGCUGCUGAAGAAGAAGGAUGAGGAGCUCACAGCCGCUCUGGACAAGAUGGAACAGCAGUCAGAGAAUAACGAUAUUGAUGAACUCAUCGUGCCUACGGCUCCGCUGUACCGCCAAAUUCUGAACCUGUACGCUGAGGAGAACGCCAUCGAAGACACUAUCUUCUACCUGGGUGAGGCACUACGCAGAGACGUCAUCGAUUUAGACGUCUUUCUCAAGCAUGUGAGGCUUCUCUCACGGAAACAGUUCCAGUUGCGCGCUUUGAUGCAGAAAGCCAGAAAAACUGCAGGCCUCAGCGACCUCUACUGACCAACUCACAGCUCAACACUUCUCUACUUUUUCUCUCUUCUUUAUUAUAUCUAACCCUGCAAUCUGUGCAUUAUCUAUACCUGAUCUAUAAACAGGUUCCAGGUUUUACUUUAUAUAACAAAUAUCAGCAUAUAGAUUAGUAUAAUGAUGCUAUUUUAUACCAUUAAUCAUGUCUGGACAUUGAUUUGAAGAGUAAAGUUUACAGACACACACUUUAUUUGACCUACCACUACAAUCUUAAGGGCAUGGGAAUCAAGAAAUGAUUAACACUGAUUAUGUUUAAAAAAAAAAAAAAAUGACUUUUUUGCAUGACUAUGAUUAUAAAUGUGAAAUGACCUUUCCAGAUGAUUUGUAGUGACAAUUUUGACAAUCACAUGGGAGAGGGAAGGCAAAUGAUUGCAACUGCUGUUGCUGAGAAGGGUUUAGACAUUUUUACCUUUUGUACUUUUUUGUCUAUAACACUCAACAACCUUUUCAGACAUAGUAGGAGUCACAGAAGUUUUCUUUCUGUCAAUUAAAGCACUGACAGAUUUAAUAAGGCUCAUAUUUAAUCGACCCUUGCUAUGCAAACGGAAAAGAUACAGUACAUUCCAAAUAUUGUGUAUUAUUUUAUUUGCUUGAAUGUAAUUGCACCCUUUUUGCAUGAUUUAUGUGUGCGCGAGGAAAAUUGACAUGAGCUGUGAAGGAAAUAGGAAAAAGUUCAUGGAAAUAUUUUUGCUACCCAGGAUUAAUUAGUCUGUCUGAAUUAAAUUACUCAAAUCCUGUAAAUGACAUAUAAAUUACUCAAAUCCUGUAAAUGACUUCAUGAGUUGCAUGUUAAUGACAUUGCCUGAGCUUUAUUAUUAUUAUUAUUAUUGUUAUUAUUAUUAUUAUUAUUUUACUCUACACUUUGUCCUACAUUAAUACUACCAUUAGUAUUUUUACAGUAUCAUUUGUAACAGGAAUUAUAUUUUUGUGUUAUUGCAUUGUGUAUAUAAUUUAUGUUUGUUUUGGGUUUUUUAUUUUUGUUUUCUAUAUAUGUGCAUACUUGAAAAUAACAUGAAAAGCACUCAUAUUCCAUUCUUGUGAAGGGAAUUUCCAAAUUAUUCUUUACAUUACAUCUGUAUUAUGUAGCGGUCUAAAGAGAUUUAAUUAAAAUCAUGAAGCUUGUAGAA